AUGGCUUCCCUCAGGGUAUAUUCGCGCCUUGCCCGUGCAGCACUCGGCACAGCAAAGCCAACCUCCAUUCGCACGUUUGCGAUUUCCGCACGUCAGCAGAAAGCCACAAAAUCAGACCUUGACCAACUGAAAAAUCCUCCCAAGGGCAACCCUGUUGUGUCCGGUCGCGGUGCACCAGAGCCUCCAGCAGAGGAAGCCGCAAACCUCAAGGACAACUGCAAUCCUGCCACAUAUCUCGGUACAACAAAGCGUUUGCCUGAGUUCGCACUCAACGACAAAGUAGUAUUGGUGACGGGCGCAGCGCGUGGAUUGGGUUUGGUGCAGGCGGAGGCUUUGCUCGAGGCGGGAGCUACUGUGUACGCUUUGGACCGUCUGCCAGAGCCGAGCGAGGAUUUCUACCGCAUCCAGAGACGCGCUGCCGAGGAGCUGGGAACAACAUUCCACUACCGCCAGAUCGAUGUCCGUGACGUGCCGCAGUUGAACGAGAUCAUCGAGGAAAUUUCGAACAAGGAGGGACGCAUGGACGGCCUUGUGGCAGCGGCAGGUAUCCAGCAGGAGACAACAGCACUCGAGUACACAGCCAAGGACGCAAACACCAUGUUCGAGGUCAACGUGACCGGUGUCUUCAUGACGGCACAGGCAGUGGCCAAGCAGAUGAUCAAGCACGGUAACGGCGGAUCCAUGGCCUUCAUUGCAUCCAUGAGCGGUACAGUCGCAAACAGAGGCUUGAUUUGCGCGGCGUACAACUCCAGCAAAGCAGCAGUAAUGCAACUAUCGCGGAAUCUGGCGAGCGAGUGGGGCCAGCACGGUAUUCGUGUCAACACCAUCUCGCCCGGAUAUAUUGUCACAGCCAUGGUGGAAGCCUUGUUUGUCAAGUACCCCGAAAGACGUCGCGAGUGGCCAACACAAAACAUGCUGGGCAAGCUGAGCAAGCCAGAGGAGUACCGUGGAGCAGCCGUGUUCCUCAUCAGCGACGCCAGCUCUUUCAUGACGGGUAGUGACAUGCGCAUUGAUGGUGGACAUUGUGCUUGGUGA